GCGUGGUUUUUGCCGACGGCGAGCGCUGGCGGCAGCUCCGGCGCUUCUCGCUCUCGGUGCUCCGGGAUUUCGGGAUGGGGCGCCGCAGCAUCGAGAGCCGCAUCCAGGAGGAGGCGCAGGAGCUGCUCAAAGCCUUCCAGGACACCCAAGGAGAGCCGUUUGACCCCACGUUCCUGCUGAGCUGCGCCGUGUCCAACGUGAUCUGCUCCAUCGUCUUCGGGCGCCGCUUCCCCUACGACGACGCCGAGUUCCUGGAGCUGCUGCGGCUCAUGAACGACGUCUUCCGCGAGAUGAGCACGCCCUGGGCGCAGCUGUACGACACGGCCGAGUCGGUGCUGUGGUUCCUGCCGGGCCCUCAUCGGCGCAUCCCGCGCCUCCUGGCCAGCAUGGGGAGCUCGGAGCUGAUUUUUGGGGCGAUUUUGGGGGAUCUGUACGACAUGGCCGAAGUUUUAAGCUGUGGUUCCUGCCGGGGUGGAAUUUGCGCAUCCCACCUCCUGGCCCGCAUUGGGGUGGAAAUUUUUGAUUUUAUCAUUUUCUCAUUUUUGAGAACGCCAAAUUGGAGCCUGGACCAUUUUCCCCUCAUUUUGGGGUUCGAAUUUGGGAUCGUGCAGAUGGACAGGGAGCGGGGCGUGCCGGGCUCGGCAUUCACGCAGGAGAACCUGGAGCUGACCACGCUGAACCUUUUCUUUGCCGGCACCGAGACCGUGAGCUCCACGCUGCGCCUCGGCCUCCUCUUCCUCAUGCGGCACCCGCGCGUGCAGGAGCAGGUUUUCGAGGAGAUCUCGCGGGUGAUCGGGCCCGGCCGCGCCCCGGCCCUCGCUGACCGGGCUCUGAUGCCGUUCACCGACGCCGUGAUCCACGAGAUCCAGCGCUGCAGCGACCUCCUGCCCAUGAACGUCCCGCACAGGGUGACCCAGGACACCCGCUUCCGGGGCUACCUCAUCCCCAAGGGCACGGACGUGUACCCGCUGCUGAGCUCGGUGCUGCACGACCCCAAAUCCUUCAGGAACCCCCAAAAGUUCGACCCCGGGAACUUCCUGGACGAGCGGGGCCGGUUCCAGCGCAACGAGGCCUUCGUGCCCUUCUCGGCAGGGAAGCGGCUGUCUGGGGAGUCGCUGCUGGCCUUCGAGCUGUUCCU